AUGGUUUCCUCACAAGUCAACAACAUCGAAGAAAAGGCUGCUGUCCUUGGUAAAGACUGCGAGUCAAUCUUGGACGGUAGAACCACAGAAUCGCGUGUGUGCUCAAUAGGUGUAACCACAGAAAAAUCUGUUACAGUGGACAUCGGCACUCGCAAGGUAUCGCCACCUGCAGUCAAUGACCCAGCAAUAACCGAGAACGUGAACCUCUGUCUCUCCCACCCAAAGCAGUCAGGAGACCUUUUCGACUUCAUUCAUAUCCGCUAUCAAGAUGACGGCAGCCAGGACGAGAAGCAGAUGUUUGUCGAGGCGUUCAGAUCCGCAAAACCAGGCGGCUGGGUAGAAGUCCUCGAUAACUCCCGUAACUCCCGUUCUACCCUCCCACCCGGAAAACUCAACUGCACAGGAUCAACCUACCCCUCUACUUUCUUCGGCGGCGGCAGCAUCCUCGCCUCUUCACGAACUCCCACCGUCGCCUUACGCAUAAAGCAACACCUCUUAGAUGCUGGCUUCGUCGAUGUUGAAGAAAAGACUUGGCAACCCUCCAUGACGACUUGGAAGAGACUUAAGGAGUGGGGCAGCUAUUUGAGACUUGUCUGCUGUAGUAUUUUGACACUGUCUAUGCCUUCAGCUAGCCAGCCGGCAGAAGAGAAAGUUGGAGAUGCACAGCAGAGUACUCCUACAUGCUUCGUUAUUGGCCGUAAACCUUACUAG